AUGACACGCGAGUGCUGGUAUACCCUAACUGAUAUCUGUCGCAUACUCUGCCUACCGCUGCUUAUCCCUGCCUACUUCAUCUAUACCUCAAAUGCAUUUAGGGAGUACCAACAGGCCAGGACGCUCAAAAAUUAUCACAAAACGGAUGUGUUGCCUCUGCCAGCCCGUCGACAACGGGCUCUUUCGAUUCAUGAUACCCUUGAAAAACGACAGCAGCAGGAAACCUGGGAGAAACAUGCAAAAGAGAAGGGACCCGAGCGGGUGGUGCAUGAUCAAAAACAGUCUCCAUUGUUCCAACUUCCAACCGAGUUGAGAUUUAUGAUUUAUGAAUGCGUUUUAGGAAGCCAGAAGAUUCAUAUAGUGCAUACCACCAGCCGCCAGCUGGCUGGAAUAAACUCGACUGAAUCAUCAGAGGUGGUUGAUGGCGAUGAGGCCAUCUGCAACUGUGUAUCUGAGAACGUUGUGCACGCGAAUAAAAAGACAGGCUGCACUUUUGCUGAGGAUAUUCUAGCCCCGGUAACAUGCAAGCGUCCGGGUAUUGGUAUUCUCUCAUUAAUCCAAUCAUGCCGACAGAUUUACACCGAGGCCAUAGAGGUGCUAUAUGCAAGGAGGACAUUCAGUUUCGAACAGCCAUAUACAUUCCUUGCUUUUGCCCACUCGAUUCUACCACAGCGUUUGAAUACUAUACCGGGCAUCGAGAUAGCUCCUUGGGAUUGGAGUGUUUUCUACAAUGAUGGCCGUUCACAGUUUUAUCGGAAAGCCCGGCGAUUUUGGCCACGAAGCAGAGGAUGUAAGGAGCCUCUGCCGAACACAUGGGAAAUUUCCUGCCAUGUUAUCGCCCAUGAAAUGGAAAACUUAAAGGAGUUUCGGCUUAGGGCAGCAACGGAAGUUAUCUGUCGUCCAUUGUAUAAAAUUGAAAAGCUGAAGAGGUUUGACAUUGAGCUAUGCUGGCCUAUAAAAUGGGAAAUGCCGGAGAGUGCUCCCUUUAAGAUAAUAGCCCCUAGUUGGGGGAAUCGUUAUACAGAUUAUUAG